CUCCAUAGUAGGAAUCGUUAGUGUUGCCAGUGUUGUAGGUUUGCGCCCCGUUACACGUCACACGCGCCUCCGUUACAGGGUGAAGAUACAGGCAAUGUCACACAGCCCUCCUCAUCAUCACGACUAAAAAUUCACCGUAUCUUACAUACAAUUAUUCCAGCAUUUGGGGAAAAUAAUAACCAAAUCGCACUGACUGCUGUGUAGAGUUCUGUGCUCCUGAAGCUGCUGUCCAAGGUCCUGAAUUUCUUCAGCCCAGCUUCACUCUGCUACAUGCUAACAGGCUGCUCUUGACACCCAGUUCCAGCACUCUUUACAUCAACGCACAACUUUAAACCAUGGAGGAGGGUUACAGAGACCGUACGGCAUUCAUUAAAGGUGCUAAGGACAUUGCUAAGGAGGUCAAAAGGCAAGCAGGUAAAAAGGUUGGCCGCCGCAUGGACAAGGUGGCUGAUGAAUACACCAAACGCUCUUAUACCCGUUUUGAAGAGGAAGACGAUGAUGACGAUUACCCCGUGCAGGCCCAGGACGGUAGCUACUACCGCAGCAACAGCAGGGCCAAUGAUGACGAAGGAGCUCACAGUGACUCCACAGAAGGCCACGAUGAGGAUGAUGAGAUCUACGAGGGCGAAUACCAGGGCAUCCCCAGAAAUGACUCCGUUGAGAAGGCUGACAUACAGGUGGGUGGAGUGGGAGAGUCUCAGUUCCGGGACAAGGCGCAAUAUGAGGGGGAAAGAAGGAAGGACCAGGAGGAGCUGGCCCAGCAGUACGAGACCAUCCUCCAGGAGUGUGGCCACGGCCGCUUCCAGUGGACCCUGUACUUUGUGCUGGGUCUGGCCCUCAUGGCUGAUGGCGUGGAGAUCUUCGUGGUGGGCUUCGUACUUCCCAGUGCUGAGAAAGACAUGUGUUUGUCUGAGCCCAACAAAGGGAUGCUGGGUCUAAUUGUGUAUCUGGGUAUGAUGGUGGGUGCCUUUGUGUGGGGAGGUCUGGCUGACAGAAUCGGCCGCAGACAGACACUUCUUAUCUCUCUCUCCAUCAACAGUGUCUUUGCUUUCUUCUCCUCCUUUGUCCAAGGAUACAGCUCUUUCCUGUUCUGUCGUCUACUCUCUGGUGUGGGGAUCGGUGGCUCUAUUCCCAUUGUGUUCUCAUAUUACUCUGAGUUUCUGGCUCAAGAGAAGCGUGGGGAGCACUUGAGCUGGCUCUGUAUGUUCUGGAUGAUUGGAGGCAUCUACGCUGCUGCCAUGGCCUGGGCCAUCAUUCCCCACUAUGGCUGGAGUUUCCAGAUGGGCUCAGCCUACCAGUUUCAUAGCUGGCGAGUGUUUGUGCUGGUGUGUGCGUUCCCCUCCGUCGCCGCUAUCGCUGCGCUGACCACCAUGCCAGAGAGCCCACGCUUCUACCUGGAGAAUGGAAAACAUGAUGAAGGAUGGAUGAUUCUGAAACAGGUCCAUGACACCAACAUGAGGGCCAAGGGAUACCCAGAGAGGGUUUUCUCUGUCACCACUAUUAAGACGGUGAAACAGAUGGAUGAGUUGGUUGACAUGGGUGGAGAGGGCACAGCCUGGCAUCAGCGCUGGAGGAUCAAGCUGACCAACCUCUUCCAUCAGGUGUGGAGCAACUUCCUGACAGUGUUUAAUCCAGAGUACCGGAGGACCACCUACAUGAUGAUGGCCGUGUGGUUUUCAAUGUCCUUCAGCUACUACGGACUGACUGUUUGGUUCCCUGACAUGAUCAAAUACCUGCAGAAACAAGAGUACUCCUCACGCACAAAGGUCUUCAUCAAAGAAAAAGUGGAGCAUGUGACCUUUAACUUCACCCUGGAGAACCAGAUCCACCGGAAUGGAGAGUACUUCAACAACAAGUUCUUGAAUCUGAAGAUGAAGUCUAUGGUAUUUGAAGACUCCCUUUUUGAGGAAUGCUACUUUGAGGAUAUCACGUCAAGCAACACCUUCUUCAGAAACUGCACCUUCAUCGCCACCCUCUUCUACAACACAGACUUGUUCAAGUAUCGGCUGAUCAACAGCAAACUCAUCAACAGCACCUUUCUGCAUAACAAAGAGGGCUGUAUGCUGGAUUUCAGCGAUGAAAACAACGCCUACAUGAUCUAUUUCGUCAGCUUCCUUGGCACACUUGCCGUCCUGCCUGGGAACAUUGUGUCAGCUCUGCUCAUGGACAAGAUUGGACGUCUAAGAAUGCUGGCGGGUUCCAGUGUGAUUUCCUGUGUCAGCUGCUUCUUCCUGUCAUUUGGAAACAGUGAAUCGGCUAUGAUCGCCUUGCUCUGCCUUUUUGGGGGCAUCAGCAUUGCAUCAUGGAAUGCCCUGGAUGUGCUAACGGUAGAGCUGUACCCCUCGGACAAGAGAACUACAGCCUUUGGGUUUCUGAAUGCCCUCUGUAAGUUAGCUGCAGUUUUGGGCAUAAGCAUCUUCCAGUCGUUCGUGGGCAUCACUAAAGCGGUGCCCAUCCUCUUCGCAUCGGGGGCUUUGGCAGUCGGAAGCUUCUUGGCCCUCAAGCUCCCUGAGACUCGCGGUCAGGUGCUUCAAUAGUGCAGCGUUCCAGCACACAGGUGCCGGCAUUUGAGUUUGACCCUGUCCGUGAGUGAGCAAUGCUGGAAGCAGCCGAAACAAAUCCCACAUUUACUCCAGUAUGUGCAGUUGUAUUAUUAUUUCAUUUAAUUUGAUUUCAUUCAAAUCUACAUGCAUAGAUAUGUUCCCAGCUGAUGUUUGACUGUCUCACGGGAAGACCAUGUGUGCAUUUGUGUGCGUGUCGAAAAACUGCCAUGUUAAACACAUGUGAGAUUUAAUUUGUUAAAAGUUAAUUUUGACUUUCCCCUUUAAUCUUCAUCCAAGCCAUCACUUGAUUUUAAAACCAUCACGAGGACCCGUGAAAUCAGUAGGUAGAUAUAUUUGAGUGGACAGCGUUGGUCUAGUGGUGCAGGUGAUGGUUAAUGUUGUUGCUUUACUCUUUUCCGUUGUGUCCCAAGAACUUAAAAAGUGUGUGAUACUGCAGUUUUCAAGCACGUCUCACAUUUUAGAUGUUUUAAUGCAUUAACACUAUAGAUAGUUGUUCAAUCAUUUUUGGUUUUACUCCAUCUGAAGAAUUUGGUUGUUCUUU